ACAGCAGCGUGUGUCCCGGGUGUCCUACUGCUUGGUUGCCAUGGUGACACAACGCAAAAAAAAAACCCCGGCGGUGAACCGGAAGUGAACGAGGACGACGCUUCCUUUGACCCCGAAACCAAACUGACUUAAUUUCAUUCAUUAAAAAAAAUCUCUUCCGUGCCUUUGAAAACCCGGAAAGGCUCAGUGCUGUCAGGGGCAGCGUCACCGCGUGGACAAGAGCCGCUUUCCGGAAACCACGUAGAGUGAGACGUCUCCAACUUCCGGUCUACGGCAGCCGCUCUCAUGUCUCGCCGGCUGUGUUUUGUUUCGGUCUGCGGACUCGGUCCGUCGCUUCUCUGACCUCGGCGGGUCCGGAUCAUGGCGUGGAUGUUCCGGUUCUGCUGGACGGCGUCCCUCGUGCUCCAGGCGGCGUUCGGUUCUCAGGCAGGCGCCGCCCGGCUGUACACGGACGACGACCCGCUGGCGGUGCUGAGCGGCUCCGGCUUCACGUCCACCGUCACCAACUCGUCCUCCGCCUGGCUGGUCCAGUUCUUCUCGUCGUGGUGCGGACACUGCAUCCAGUUCUCCGGGACGUGGAAGGCUUUGGCCCGGGACGUCCAAGACUGGCGGCAGGCGAUCAACAUGGCGGUGCUGGACUGCGCGCAGGAGGACAACUAUGACGUCUGCAAGGACUACGACGUCAAGUUCUACCCCACCUUCAAGUCUUUUCACGCUGGCUGUCCGCCCACGGACAAAGGGACCACCUACAGAGGUGCGGACCGGGAGGUGCAGUCGGUGAGACGUCUGAUGGUGGACAUCUUGCAGAACCACACCAGGGCACCAGAACACUGGCCGCCUCUAGAACCCUGGAGCUCUGCACAGAUCCUUCCCCUGCUGGGUCAAAGGUCGGGUGACUUCACCGCCGUCAUCGUGGAGGAGGCGGAGUCGUACGUGGGCCGAGAGGUGACCUUGGACCUGCUGCCCUACUCCGGCGUGCACGUGAGACGGGCGCUGAGCACCGACCGCCCCCUGCUGGACUCGCUCAACAUCACCGCCCUGCCCUCCCUCUACCUGCUGCGCCCCGACGGCACGCACGCGCACACGCGCACUGACAAGAGGCAGAGGUUCUUCUUCACGGCGUCCCUGAGGACGCUACCCGGCGUCCAGCGCAGGUUGAGGACCGAGUGGUCCGGCAGAGAGGGGCGGGUGUCCCAGCAAGCGUCCACGGCGGCGUGGACGGCCUUUGACAGGCGGAGGGUGUACACGGCCGACCUGGAAUCGGCGCUGCACUAUGUGCUGAGGGUGGAGCUCGCCAGGCAUUCGACCCUGGAGGGGGCGGAGCUAAGGCUCUUUAAGGACUUCGUCACCUUGGUUGCCAAGUUGUAUCCAGGCGGGGGUCCAGUGGUGAAGCUCAUGGAGACGCUCUCUGAUUGGCUGAUCAGUCUGCCACUCCAACAAAUCCCAUACCAGGCUGUCCUGGACCUGGUGGACAACAAGAUGGGGAUGUCAGGUGUAUUCUUGGGGGCGGGGCUUAACUGGGUUGGUUGCCAAGGUAGCAGGGACGGACUGCGAGGUUACCCGUGUUCUUUUUGGACUCUCUUCCACGUCCUGACGGUCCAACGUGAUGCCACACCUGAUGCACUGGCUAACACGGGAAUGGGUACUGAAGGUGCUCCGGUGUUGAAGGUCAUGCAAGGUUACAUGAGGAGCUUUUUCGGGUGCGAAGAAUGCGGUCGGCACUUUGACAAGGCCUCCUCAACUUUGACCUCCAUCAGGACCCCCCAGGAGGAGGUCAUGUGGUUGUGGAGACAACACAACAUGGUCAACUCCAGACUAGCAGGUUCUCUGAGUGAAGACCCCCUCUUCCCCAAAGAGGCGUGGCCCAGCCCCUCCCUCUGCCCGUCCUGUCACGAGGAGAAAGCUGGCGUCCACGUCUGGGACUUGGACAACGUGCUCCGCUUCCUGCGACGCCACUACGGCGCAGACAACCUGUCCUCCAGGCACGCCCUGGCCCCCCCCGCCCACAGCCACCUUCAUACGGGGGCGCGUACGGAGCUCCGCCCCCCACGGGAAGUGGCGCGGGGGGCGGGGGUGUGGCUUCUGGCUGUGGGCUUCAACAGCGUGGACAUGAGCCUGUGCGUGGUCCUCUACGUGUCCUCCUGCCUGGUCCUCAUGCUCCUCUUCUUCUUCUUCAAAGUGCGAUCCAGAAGGUGGAAGCUGCUGUCCUCCCGCCCCCUCGUCUGAUUGGACACGCCCACUCCGGUCUUUCACUGCCAUUUAAAGCCCCGCCCCUUGCAGCGUGUCAGGGAGGGGCGGGGCCGUGUUUUUACACCCUUUUAUUGUUGAUGCUCCUUAAAUUAAACUUUUCAUU